GGGGCGGGGCCUACGGGUAGCUGGAGAGUUAGCCUCAAAAUGGCGGCUGCGACCCGAGCGCCGACUUGCCAAUGGCUUGCUUUGGAAGGCAAGCCGUGCGUGAAGUUUGCAUCCCCGAUGCCAUCAACCCAGGGAUGCGCAUAGACAACAAGGGAGAACCCGCGUCCUCCUCAAAAGAGAUAGAAGUGUCCAGAUAUGAUUUCGGCUGUUCCUUAUUUUAUCUGCCGUUACUGCCAGCAAUGUCAAAGCACCAGGCACAGACACCGGGCGUUUUCAACCACGCUCUGCAAUUGGUUGCCAGCCAGAAAUAGCAGCUAUUAUGACUUGUUGGGGAUCAAGCCCGAGGCUUCCUUGGAGGAGAUCAAGCAAGCCUUCUUCAGCAAGUCAAAAAAGCUCCACCCUGACAGUGACCCGGCCAACCCUGACCUGCACAGCCAGUUUGUGAAGCUGAAUGAAGCCUACCGGGUGCUGAGUAAGGAGGGCAGUCGGAGGCGGUAUGACAACCUUCGGGGCGCACAGGCGGCUUGGACUCCCCCGGGCAGCCACAGCGCCAAGGGAAGCCCGUUUGAUUUUGCAGACUUUCGAGCCAGGAGGCGGCCAGAGCCCAACGAGAACGUGAGGUAUUGGCAGCAGUUCCAUGAGCCUCCUGUGGAGCCAACUUCGCGGCCCGAGGCCAAGAAGAGGUUUCGCAGAACCUUUGGCUACUGCCUGCUCAUCAUGCUGGGCAGUCUGACCGUUCAUUAUGUAGGAUUCAGGAAGCUGGAGGAAGUACACAACAGCUUCAUGGACGAAAAGGAUAGAGCCAUUACCCAGAUCUACAACGAGAACAAAGAGCGAGCCAGGGAUAACCUGUCCUGUCUGGACCAGCAUGUGAUGGAAGUGCUGCAGCCCUUUAGAGGAGCCGAAGUCUCAGACACGCUGGUUGCAAAGGAAGCUUGUGCCUUCUGCAGACACAUUCAGUCUCUCUUCAACGUCAAUAAAGAGGAGACUGAUGCAGUGACAGGUCCAUGGGCCUCCAGAAGCAGCAGGAACUCUUGCGCCAGAAGCAUGCUGAAUUCUCCCAGCGGUACCACAGUGGCCCCGAACAGCUGCAUAAGGAACCUGGAGCCUUGGACUCGGUGCAAGCCCCGGCUCCUCCAAACCCUACGGGCCCCAAAGGCUGAGCGGAAGGCCCCGUCUCACUGCUGAAGUGGGGAAGCGUGUGCCAUGGAGUGGGAGGCUGUUCGCGCUCGCCCUCUCCUCCCUCCCCAAUACCAGACCCACUUCUCUUUUGUGCAAAUAGAACCGUCUUCCCGCAGA